UUUAUUUAUUUUUCUAGGGCUGACUAUGUGCAUGUAGUACUCUGGGAUGUACCACCACAGCAGUUUGCUGAUUCAUUUGACCCACACUUGAAAGAAAGGUUAACAGACCAGCCAUUUUCAUAUUUUUUUGCUUUCCACUGUGAUUCUUGUGAUAUCUUGGUUGGUAAUAGAAAGUUACAAAAGCAAUCUUAAAUCCUUCUGUAGUCAUAAUUUUUUUUUCAGGUAAGGUUAUGUUUAAUGUAUGAUAGCUGUUCCGAUUGUUAAACAUGUAAACUCAAGAUUUUUCCAUUGAAUUCUCUUCAUUCUUAGAAUUUAUUGCUAUGAUGGCUUUUCAGAUCCUCUUGGAUGGAAUCUUACAAGGCAAGACAAUCUUUUUUCACUUUGCAGUUGUCAGCCUUUAUACUUUUACUUUACGGUCAUAAGCUGCGAAUUUAUUCUUUGUUAGAAGGGGAUUUUUGUGCCAGGAAUUAAGUUCCUCUGUCAGUUGUGAGAAAAGAAAUACAUACUAAAACCAUCUCAAGGCAACCUAUAUUUCGUUCUUUAACUCCCAAUAUCUGAUUGUCAGUUCUCCCUGCUUGCUUCUACAAAUUUCCUCGUAGGUUAGUUACAAGAAUUUAGUGAUGGAUCACAACUUCUUAUUGAUAAGUUUAUUUUUUAGUCAUUACUUGUUUGUUUGAUAAUGUAUGGAUAUUGUAAGCAGAAGUUACAUGUGAGUGACCAAGACAGAAUUUCUCCAUGCUAUAUCUAUACAAUAUCAUGCAGACAAGUGAUGAGAAUUAAGAAAAAUAUCAAUUAUGGGAUUACUAAUUUAUCUGAUACCAAAUUCUCCAAACUAACAUAAUCAGAAUCAUUUGGCAGACAGCAAGGAGAAUUACUAAUGAGAUCUUGGGAGUUAAAGGAUUAAAGGGUUUAUUGACUGUACAUUUUGUUCAAUAUAAUUUUAACUUUGUUGUGAAGGCUUUCAGUUUUUUAAGGGAAAAUGUGGAGAUUUCAAAUUGUUGUUACUACUGUGUUUCACAGAACUGAUCAUCAAGAUAGUCAUAUGACUAUUAUCCACCAGGACUCUAACAUCGCUCAAGUGGUGAAAAGUAACAUAGCUCAUUGCUGUGCACAAAAUACUGCAACAAAGUCUGGUGAGAAUUGUUAAAAAAAGGUUGCCAUUAUCAAUCAUGGUGAUUAUGUACCCAGGAGAAUUUGGUUAUCAAUCAAGAGUUCUUUAGUUGGUGAUCAUUUCCAUUGUUCUUGUGACCUUCACCCAUUAUACCUUAAAAUCAGUGUACAUAUUUUCCAUAUUGUUCUCUAUAUAUUUCCUAAGGAGCUGACAAGGAGAAUUUGUUUAACAAUCCAGAGCUUGUGUAAUUGAUGAUCAUUUACUUUAUCCUUGUGACCUUAAUGUGGAGGUGCGGUGGCCUCAUGGUUAGUGCGCUUGACUCCAGAUCGGGUUUGAGCCCUGGCCGGGGUCAUUGUGUUGUGUUCUUAGGCAAGACACUUUACUCUCACAGUGCUUCUCUUCACCCAGGUGUACAAAUGGGUACCAGCAAAUGUGCUGGGGGUAACCCUGCGAUGGACUAGCAUCCCAUCCAGGAGGGAGUAGCAAUACUCCUGGCUGCUUCAUGCUAAGAAAACCGAAGUUAAGCACCGGUACCAUGGGCCACUUGGGCCCAUAUAAAGGCUUUACUUUACCUUGCAACCUUAAUAUAUGAUUCAGGGGUGAUAUUGUGAGGAGAAAUUAGAUGCUAGUCACUCUUAGGGGUGCAAGUGUUAAGUUGCUUUUACUACUACUGGUUUGUGUUGCUCAAUGACUUACACUGCUGUGUCAUUGCUACUUAUUUUCCAGGUGAUGUCGUUAAGGUAGCUGUUGUAUUCAAUUCAUUGAGUAGGCUUUUACUGUGGAAAUCUUCAGCAAUGGUGUGCACACUACUAAAUCAACUGUACUCCAACUCAUCACACUCACAGGAAGGUAAUCAUUCUUUGAAAAUUUUUUUAACUAUUCUGGGUGGUAAAGGAUCAUUGAGGUCCCAUCCAGGAGGGAGUAGGAAUACUGCAACUGACAGGGAAGAACUGAUGGUCUAUCGCUGCCUGUAAGACCUCUUGCUGUCAUCUGUUUAGCCUGCAAGUUAGGCUCUGGUAUUUGGGUUUUGCCCUGCAGCUCUUUUUUAGGGCACAGUUGCCUAUAACAACAUUGGCAGCGGCUUAUAGAAGAAGUUAUUUUAACCCUUUACUCCCUAAGAUCAGUAUGCAUAUUCUCUAUACCACUCCUGACAUGAAGAAUUUGUUCAACAAUCAAGAGCUUCUUCCACCCACCCACUCAGACCCACAGCAAAAUAAAUUUAUUUUAUUUUAGUUGUUGUAGUGUUGCUCUGGUAAAGAUUGGUUUUUUGUUUAUAAAUUUCCUUGUCAGGUUAUCAAGUGGUUCAAGUUGUUGCUUUAGUGCAUUCUGAUCUUCACGAUGACCAGACAUUAAAUACCAUCAAUUUCUUGGCUUCAUCACUUCUUUGGAUUACACUGGACAAGGAAGAGAAAGGUGAAAAUAUUUUGAUUAAAGAAAUAACACUUUUCUCAAACUUUUAUUUAACUCUUUAACUCCCAAGAUCUGAUUGUUAAUUCUCCCCUCUAGCUGCUACACAUUUCCUUGUUAAUUGAUUACAAGAAUUAGGUGUUCAAUCAAGGUAAUAAAUUGUACCUGAUGAGUUUGAGUCUUCUCAUUACCUGUUUGCUGUAUUAUGUAUGGAUGCUAUAGGGAGAAGUUACUUGGUAAUCACUUCUGGGAGUUAAAGGGUUAAGGGUAGUAAACAGAUCUAAUAAGCUGAUCAUAUCAGGGAAGAUCAACAAGCUUUGUACAAAAAAAUUACCCUUUCAAUUCCAAGAUGAGCAUUUAAUUGUAAAAAACAGGUUGCCAUAUCACCCUUCAAUCACACAUUAAGGUCUGGAGAAUAAAGGCAAUGAUCAUGAGCUAAAGAAGCUCUUGAUUGUUACACAAAUUCUCCUUGUCAGCACCUUAGGAUGUGUAUUGAGAACAGUAUGAAUCUAGAAUUAAUGAAUUUGGAUGUUAGGGUGAAAAGGGUUAAGGCCGCAAAUUUGAAGGUGAAUUGUCAUUUUUCAUGCCUGGCAAUUCAUGUAAUUUGAGUGUAAUUUUUGAUUUAUGAAAAUUUGUCACACUGAUAUUUCAGACUUAGUAAAAUUAAUUAUAUAUCCAUUCCUCUGCAAAAGAUAGAUCAUUUCACUGGUAAAAUGUGUUGCAGAUCAGUCUGUGAACUGGUGCAAGGUUCUUCACAAGAGGAAAACUGGAAAAGUGAUAAAGAAGGUACGUGUAGAAUGUUCUACCUAGAAAUGAAUGAAGGACUUUUAAGUUCCUACAGAAACUGUGCAGAUGCUAGGGUAUUACAAGAUAAUUAAUAAGUUUUAUUAAUGAACUGAGUCAAGAAUGUGAAGUUUCAAGUUUUAGCCUUGUGGAACUGAUUGAUUCCCUCUGAUGAUGGGCUAAAGCAUGAAAUGUAAUCUUCUGAAUCUCUCUAUGGUGGGAAAUUCUUAGUUAUCAUCUCAGUUGUUAAAAUCAACUUAUCCUGUUCUGCCAAGAGUAUUUACUGAUUGUAACUGUAGAUGUUUCGGCUAAUUAAUAUCAAUAGUUUCAAUCCCCACCCCCAAUGUGGGUAAAUGUCUUUGUGAAUCAUGAUGCAACAGAACUCAGAAAAUCUAACAAUAAUACUGACAGUUGGUAAAAAUUUUAUCAAUAAUGCUUAGAUGGAUGUUUCCUCCUCACUGACACUACAGCUAGGUUGAAAUUUUAUUUUUCCUUUUAGAGGGUUGGGAGCAUUACUUAUUUCAAAUCUGGUUGUUGUUGCAGUUUGAAAGCUUUGCCAUCAAUGAUAAACAUGUACUGACUGAAUACGAGGAAAAGGAUUGGAAUGGUUCUUCUUCAAAAGCUGUCAGUGAAUCUGUUAAUGAGGUGAGCCUUGUGCAAGUUUAUUUUUGAAUGACUGAAGAAAAUGACAUUUUCUUGUGAUGUAAGAUACAAAUAGUGAGUUUAAAGCUAGUUUUCUCUGCUGUUAUUUUACCAACAAUUGAAUGUAAUCUUUCAGGUUGAUCCAACUAAAAAUCUCACAUUCAGUCUGAUGCUGACAGAUAAUGAGCGCCAAGCUCGAUCUAAACUGAAACUUCCCUACAUGCACCAUGAAGAGGAGAGAAGCGAGGUCACUGUAAACCCUUUGGGUGAAGGAAAAGUGUUCUACCAACCUGAUGAAGCAGAUGACUUUGAUGAAGAUGAUCCUGAUGAAGACUUAAAUAUCUGA